CACAGAGGACGGCUGCGACUCCGUGUAGGUUUGUUAAAUGGGAAAUCUGAUAGGCAGUUUGCGCUACAAGGAGCCGAGCACUGUGGAAGAAUGCGACUCGACGUGGGAGUCAGACUCGGAAUGCGAUGAGCAGCCGGGUGAUGAGGACAGCGGGAUAUCCGAGUGUGUCAGCCCGCCCGAGACGGGGAGAUGCGGCGAACAAGCGGACAUGUCCCCGCAGUUCUCUGACUCUGAAUCCAGCACCAAGAUAAAGAGGAGCUUUUAUGCUGCAAAGGAUCUUUACAAAUAUCGCCACAGCUACCCGAACUACAAGGAGCCCCGGUUACCUAAUGAGUACCGCAACCUUCGCUUCUACCUGAACAAGAUCCCUCUAAUACCAGAUGUCAUCUUCAUUGAGGAGAUCCUGACCAAAUGGAAAGGAGAUUAUGACAAACUGGAGCACAAUCACACCUACAUACAGUGGCUUUUCCCUCUGAGGGAGCAAGGGCUCAACCUCUAUGCUCAAGAACUCACUCAGGAGGAGAUCAAGGAAUUCCUAAGCACUCGGGAGGCCAAGCGGCGAUUCUUGCUGGCAUACACACUCAUGCUGGACUUUUACGGAAUCAAACUCCUGGAUAAGAUUGGGAAUGUCACCCGAGCUUCCAACUGGCAAGAACGCUUCCAGCACCUCAAUGAGUCACAGCACAACUACCUGCGGAUCACGCGCAUUCUCAAGUCUCUGGGUGAGCUUGGCUUCGAGGCCUUCAAAGCCCCCCUGGUGCGUCUGCUGCUGGACGAGGCUCUGUGUCGAGGCACCCUGCCCAACAUGCUGCACAGCAUCCUGGAGUACUACGUCUACACAAUCCGCCCACGCUCCCUCCGCCGCAGCCUGCUCCGCUACGCACGCCAGCACUACCAGCCGGCCAACACCUUCCUCUGGGGGCCCCCGGCCAGGAGGAGAGGAGCUGGGGCUGGGCCAGGACCCAUCCUGGAGAGGGAGAGGAGCGGAGGAGACCCCCAUAGGGCUCGUAAUCCGCUGACGAAGCAGGACUCAGGUGGAGGGGGGGAUGGGGGAGGAGAGGGGAAGGGAACCAAGGGCUGUACCGCUUCCACGAAAUCCCUCCAGGAGGGGGUGAAGGGCGAGUACAUUGAGACUGUACCACUGGAAGACUGA